GGGUGUGAACAGUAGAACUUUGAUUCCAAGGAAACCACCAGUGCCUUCCAUUAGCUAUACACGAUAGCAGCAAAGCAGGAACUUGACAGGGUUUUGACCUGCUGAGUACCAAAUCCACAAUGAAGACCUCACUUGCUGUUGAGAGCUGAAAAUGUUGAUGUAUGACACUUCACCCCUUAACCAAACUUAAGGAGAAGCAGCCCAGCUUGGAACCCACAAAAAGCACCAAUGAUCUCGACCCGAAAAGAAAGCAUAACUUCUCCCAGCCUGGAGGAUUCGUUCUUUCCCUUCUCCUCGUCAACCCCUAUUACCCGGCAUCGCGUCAUGGGCCCGUCGGUCAGAGCAAACAACCUGCUGGCAUCCCAGACAGACCAUAACAGCAGCUCGAGUGUGUUGGAGAAGGAUCUUAUCCUGGCAGCUGAGGUGGGCCAGGCUCUUCUGGAGAGGAACGAGGAGCUGGAAGCUCAGCUGGAACAGAUGAGGAGAGACAUGGAGGCUUUACAGCAGGAGAAACACACGCUACAGAGACACCUGGAGGUACGGGAACUAGAAGCAGGGCAGCGUGAGGCAGAGCUACAGGCUGAUAUCACUUCACUACGACAGCAGUUUGACCAGAAGCACAACCAGGGUCAAGACCGACGCCGUGAAGAAAAUGAGCGACUUACACAACUGUCCAGUCACAACCAGAAGCUGGUGGAGCAGUUGGCUGAGGCAGUGUCGUUGGAGCACUCUCUGCGCCUUGAGCUGCGCUCUCUAAGAGAGGAAAUGGAGGACACCAGUUUCAGCAGAUCAAUAAACUCCGCUCACUUGGACACCCUGCAAGCAGAGAAUCGACUUCUGAAAGACCAACGCUCCAACAUGGAUGUGCGGCUGAAGUCAUCAGAAGAGGACAACGAGAGGAUAAGGAUUGAGAGGGAUGGACUGCGUGUGAGAAUCCUCGAAUUACAGACCAGCCUGAAGGAAAAGGAGGGUGAGCUCGAGCAGCACCAGAGUGAGGCAUUCCAGUUGCGCACCAUGAACCGGAGCCUCCAGCAGAGAGUCCAGGCUUUAGGAGAAGAAGCCAGUCUUGAGGAGAUCACGUGCUUCCCCUUGUCCCUCCAGAAUGAACUGCAACAGUCUCAGGCCAAAGAAAGCAUCUUGGCCCAUUCUGCUAUCCUGCAGGAGAAACAGGAGGAGAUUGAAAGGCUAAAGAAAGAGCUGGAGUCCAGCCAGGAUGAAUUAACUGCUCUAAGAGGGGAACUGAAGCUGUUCGGCAGUGAUCCCAGCAAACCACCAUACAGUGCUUUGGAGGAAGAGCUCGCGUUGGCCCGACAGGAACGGGACUCGCUCAACCAGCAGCUUCUGAACACCAUCAGACACAAGGUGGCGCUCUCUCAGGAAGUCGAAUCAUGGCAGGAAGACAUGCGUUUGGUGAUUUCCCAGCAGGUCCAGCAACAGGUACAAGAAAGGGAGAAGGAGCAAGAGAAGGAGAAGAUGGCAUCAUCUCUGCAAAGAAACGUUCGCACAAGCAGGUCUUUCCGUUUACCAAGAGAGGAGGGGAAGAAGAACUUCUUUGCUUUGUUGGGAAUAAAAAAAAAUGACUGAAAAACCCCACAACAGGACGAGGUCAUGAACUGCCGCAUGGAAGAAGACGAGUCACUUUACUGACAUAAAUAAUAUGAAGCAGACGAAACUGUUUACACUAGCAUGGCACUCAUGCAUAUUUAUUUCCUUCAAAAUGACACAUUUAUUAUGAAAAUGUUGAUUAAAAGUCUUUCAUGUCUGUCUGA